GAGCACUUGGACAAACUGGCCGCGCCUCGGGUGAUCUACCACAAGCUCUUCGCGGACUUCUCGCAGCAGUUCCGAACCCUCAUCGGCGUCAACUGCGAGAGGAAACUCUUCUUCCCGCAGGAAGUCAUCGUCAAGGAAGGUGGCACAGGCAACAGAAUGUACAUCAUGAACCUUGGCAGCGCAACGGUCAAGGUGUCCAAGCAGUGCGUCAUGCAGAUCCGGGGUGGGUCACACUUUGGCUUCAACAUGCUCUGCUCAGACAAGGAGCGGUACACCAUGUCCAUCACUACCGACACCAUGCGCGGGACCGAGCCCGUUCGAUGUGA